AUGGUUAAAGAUGCAAAGUCUCUAUACUACGGUGUCAAUGGACACCGAAAUGAUUUUGAUCCAAGUGCUCCUCCACCAUUCAAGAUUGCAGAAAUAAGAGCUGCCAUUCCAAGCCAUUGCUGGGUCAAGAACCCUUGGAGAUCUCUUAGUUAUGUUCUAAGGGAUGUCUUAGUAGUCACUGCAUUGAUAGCUGCAGCAAUUCACUUCAAUAGCUGGUUUUUCUGGGCCAUCUAUUGGCCUGCUCAGGGAACAAUGUUCUGGGCUUUGUUUGUUCUUGGACAUGAUUGUGGCCAUGGAAGUUUUUCAAACAGUCCCAAGCUGAAUAGCAUUGUGGGCCACAUCUUGCACUCCUCAAUUCUUGUACCAUACCAUGGAUGGAGAAUUAGCCAUAGAACCCACCAUCAAAACCAUGGACACAUUGAAAAGGAUGAGUCAUGGGUUCCAUUGACAGAGAAGAUUUACAAGAAUUUAGACAGCAUGACAAGACUCUUUAGAUUCACUGUGCCUUUCCCCAUCUUUGCUUAUCCCAUUUAUUUGUGGAGAAGAAGCCCGGGAAAGGAAGGGUCUCACUUCAAUCCCUAUAGCAGUCUGUUCUCACCCAAUGAGAGAAAAGAAGUGGCAAUUUCAACAUUGUGUUGGCUUAUAAUGUUUUCUCUGCUUCUCUAUCUUUCCUUAAUAACUAGUCCACUUCUAGUGCUCAAGCUCUAUGGAAUUCCCUAUUGGAUCUUUGUUAUGUGGUUGGACAUUGUCACGUACUUGCAUCACCAUGGUUACAAGCAGAAACUACCUUGGUACCGUGGCAAGGAAUGGAGUUAUCUAAGAGGUGGCCUUACAACUGUGGAUCGUGACUAUGGUUGGGUUAAUAACAUUCACCAUGACAUUGGCACCCAUGUUAUCCAUCAUCUUUUUCCUCAAAUUCCUCAUUAUAACUUAGUUGAAGCGACAGAAGCAGCAAAGCCAGUUCUUGGAGAGUAUUACCGUGAGCCAGAAAAAUCUAUGCCAAUCCCAGUGCAUCUAAUAAAGUACUUGUUAGAGAGUAUUGGACAAGACCACUUCGUUAGUGACAGUGGAGAUAUUGUGUACUAUCAGAGUGAUCCUCAGCUGCACCUUUAUUAA